AUGGCGACAAUGGUUGGAGGGGCGACUGUUCCUUUUAUCGUUUGGACGGACCAUAGAAAUUUAGAGUACAUUCGUUCCGCUAAACGUCUUAACGCGCGCCAGGCUCGCUGGGCUCUAUUUUUCACUCGAUUCGAGUUUGUUAUCUCCUACCGUCCGGGCUCUAAAAACAUCAAGCCUGAUGCCCUGUCGCGCCUCUUUCCUUCCUCGGUCCCUACGGACUCUAAGGAGAUCCUCCCUAAGGGUUGCGUCAUCGGGCGGCGGUAUGGGGAAUCGAAAGACGGGUUAAACGGGCGCUUGGUCCGCCCUCGUAAACUGACCCCACGCUUCAUCGGUCCGUUCCGUAUUUCUCAGGUCAUUAAUCCCGUUGCGAGGAAUAAUGAUGAGAAUGGGAACUGUUCUGGGAACAGUAUGGAGUUUCCCACCACUAAUCUGUAUGAGCUGGAGAGCAGAGUCUUUACUGAUCACUGGUCUAUCCCUUACAAGAGAGAGGAAUCACUGGGCAAGUGCCUCAUUGCCUCCACCUGCCUGGCCCGACUGGGCUUGGCUGACCCAGAUGAAAACUGUAAGAGAUUCAUGGACAGAUGUAUGCCUGAAGCCUUCAAAAAGUUGCUGAUGUCCAGUGCAGUACACAAGUGGGGAACAGAGAUUCAUGAAGGCAUCUAUAACAUGCUGAUGCUGCUGGUGGAUCUGGUUGCUGAGAGAGUCAAACAGGACCCCAUACCCAUCGGACUCAUGGGAGUUCUUACUAUGGCUUUUAACCCAGAUAACGAGUAUCACUUUAAGAAUCGGAUGAAGGCCUGCCAAAGGAAUUGGGCAGAAGUGUUUGGAGAGGACAGCAUGUUUGCUGUUUCUCCCAGCUCCAGCUACCAAAAGGAGCCUCAUGGCUGGCUGGUGGAUCUUGUGAAUAGGUUUGGAGAGAUGGGAGGCUUUACAGCAAUUCAAUGCAAGCUCAACCAAGAAGAGAUAGAGAUUGGGUGUGUAUCCGCUCUGGUUCAGCCGCUCGGUGUGUGUGCAGAAUACCUCAACUCCGGCCUGGUCCAACCCAUGCUGGACCCGGUCAUCCAUAAGAUGAUCACAUAUGUGCAGAGCCUGGAGGAAAAAGACCUGAAAGACAAGCGUUUGGUAAGUAUUCCAGAGCUCUUGUCGGCCAUUAAGCUCCUGUGCAUGCGAUUCCAGCGGGAUCUGGUAAAUGUCGUGGAUGACCUUCGGCUGGACAUACUCCUCCGAAUGCUCAAGACCCCCCACUUUAGUGCCAAGAUGAAUUCCCUUAAAGAGGUCACUAAACUCAUUGAGGAAAGCACAGUUUCUAAGACGGUGAAGAACGCCAUUGACACAGACCGACUCCUGGAUUGGCUGGUAGAAAACUCAGUCCUCUCAAUAGCUUUGGAAGGAAACAUUGACCAGGCCCAGUACUGUGACAGAAUAAAAGGAAUCAUUGAACUGUUGGGCAGUAAGCUCUCAUUGGAUGAACUCUCCAAAAUAUGGAAAAUUCAGGCUGGCCAGUCGUCCACUGUGAUCGAGAACAUCCACGCCAUCAUCGCUGCCGCUGCCGUCAAGUUCAACUUUGACCAGCUCAGCCACUUGUUUGUCCUCAUACAGAAAAGCUGGGAGGUUGAGAGUGAUCGCGUGAGACAGAAGCUUCUGAGUCUGAUUGGACGGAUCGGCAGGGAGGCUCGCUCUGAGGCGACCACAGGAAAGGUGUUGGAGGUAUUGUGGGAGUUGGCCCAUCUCCCCAUGCUGCCCACCACUCUUGUGCAACAGGCCCUGGAGGAGCAUCUAGCCAUCCUCAGUGAUGCAUAUGCAGUCAAAGAAACUGUCAAGAAGAACUACAUCAUCAAAUGCAUUGAGGACAUCAAGAAGAUACAAAUACAGGAGGAUUCAAAGUCUACCAGCGAGACACAGGUCUCUUUUCUUACUGGCUCCUGGGGCAGGAAGAAACCGAGCUCAUUGGCUCGUUCUCAAUCAUCUCAGCAGAGUAAUCCUCAGACGGUGUGGGUGGUUCCAGCCUUAAGACAACUUCACGAGAUCACACGGUCCUUUAUCAAACAGACCUACCAGAAACAGGACAAGAGUAUAAUCCAGGACCUGAAGAAGAAUUUUGAGAUAGUGAAGCUGAUCACAGGGUCUCUGGUGUCAUGUCAUCGUUUGGCCGUGUCUGUCGCCGGAUCCAACGGUCUGUCUGGAUCCACGCUGGUGGAUGGACGAUACUCUUAUCAGGAGUAUUUGGAGGGUCACCUGAAAUUCCUUGCAUUCUUCCUACAAGAGGCCAGUCUAUAUCUGGUCUGGAAUAGAGCCAAAGAGAUCUGGGAAUGCCUGGUGUCCGGCAUGGAUGUGUGCGAGCUUGAUCGAGAGAUGUGUUUUGAAUGGUUCACUAAAGGACAGCAUGAUCUAGAGAGUGAUGUUCAACAGCAGCUGUUUAAAGAAAAGAUCCUCAAGCUGGAGCCUUAUGAGAUCACUAUGAAUGGUUUUAACCUUUUCAAGACCUUCUUUGAGAAUGUGAACCUCAGUGACCACCGUCUCAAACGGCAGGGAACACAGCUGUGUGUGGAGCGAUUGGAUCUGGCUGGGAUGGACUUCAUUUGGAGAAUUGCAAUGGAAUCUCCAGAUGAGGACAUCGCUAAUGAAGCUAUUCAGCUCAUCAUUACCUACAGCUACAUAAACCUCAACCCCAAGAUGAAGAAGGACUCUGUGUCUUUACAUAAGAAAUUCAUUGCCGAUUGCUAUAAGAGAUUGGAGACUGCUAGCUCAUCGUUGGGCGGCCCGACCCUCACACAUGCUGUUACUCGGGCAACCAAGAUGCUGACAGCCACUGCUAUGCCAACAGUCGCUACAUCAGUGCAAUCCCCAUCCAGGUCCAGUAAACUGGUGAUCAUAGAGAGACUGCUGUUAUUGGCAGAGCGAUAUGUCAUCACAAUAGAGGACCUGUAUUCUGUUCCUCGGACUAUUCUACCUCAUGGAGCAUCUUUCCACGGUCAUCCUGUUACACUGCACAUUACUUACGAAUCUACCAAAGACACAUUCAUCUUGGAGGCCCACAGCAAUGAGACCAUAGGCAGCAUCAGAUGGAAGAUAGCCGAGCAGCUCAGCUGUCCAGUUGACAAUGUGCAGAUAAUUGCCAAUGACAGCAUGUUGACUAUGAAUCGUGACCAGAAGCUGUUAAAUCAGCUGGGUUUUUCUGACGAGCAGAGUCUGACAGUAAAGAGCUCAGGAACAGGCACUCCAUCAGGCAGUUCAGCGGACAGCUCUGCCUCAGCUAGCUCCAGCAGCAGCGGGGUCUUCAACUCUGCAUACACACUUGAGCAGGAGAAAUCUCUUCCUGGUGUAGUGAUGGCGCUGGUGUGUAAUGUUUUUGAGAUGCUUUAUCAGCUGGCCAACCUGGAGGAACCCAGAAUAACUUUACGUGUAAGGAAGUUGUUGCUGCUCAUCCCGACUGACCCGGAGGUGCAGGAUGCCCUCGAUAACUUUGUGCCAAAAGAGUCCAGUGUCUGGAGUCACCAGAAAACUCUGUUUACACUGGGGUCUGUUUCUCAGUCCUCAAAGUCUCCUUCGCUGUCCAGUAAACAGCAGCAUCAGCAGAGUGCAGCGUCCAUCCUGGAGUCUCUGUUUCGCUCAUCUGCCCCGGGCAUGUCUACAUUCAGAGUGCUUUAUAACCUAGAGGUGUUGAGCUCCAAGCUGAUGCCCACAUCUGAUGAUGAAAUGGCAAAGACCAGUGUCAUAUCUUUCUGUGAGAACUUCCUCAAAGCCGGAGGUCUUAGUCUGGUGGUUAAUGUCAUGCAGAGAGACUCUAUCCCAUCUGAGGUGGACUACGAGACCAGACAGGGAGUGUAUUCCAUCUGCCUGCAGCUGGCCAGGUUCCUGCUGGUGGGGCAGGCCAUGCCCAGUAUCCUGGAUGAAGAGUUGAGCAAGGACGGUGUGGACACUCUGUCCUCUCGACCGUUCCGCAACGCCGGUCGGCAGAGCGGCCGACAGCUUUCCGUCUGUGGAACGCCGGAGAAGUCUUCCUACAGGCAGGUGUCCAUGUCCGACAGAUCAUCCAUCAGAGUGGAGGAAAUCAUACCAGCAGCCCGUGUCGCCAUACAGACAAUGGAGGUGGGAGACUUUACAUCCACAGUGGCGUGUUUCAUGCGACUCACCUGGGCGGCAGCUGCAGGCCGAUUGGACCUGGUUGGCAGCAGCCAGCCAAUCAGAGAGACCACCAACUCACUUCUACCGCUGGGUGUAUGCAGCAGAGUCAGCAGCACAGGAAGUAACUGUAGCUCUGGCAGUGAGGGAGAGAUCACCACAUUACAGGCAGGAAUCUGCGUCAAACAGAUGUUUGUGUCCAUCAAAGAUACCAUCAUUGCACGAGAGGCGCUCUCUUUACUCGUCACAUGUCUUCAGUUGCGCUGUCAACAGCUCUCUUCAUUUUACUCUCUGCCUUCUGUGAAUGAUUUCAUCAUUGAUAUUUUGCUUGGGUCACCCAGCGGAGAGAUCCGACGUGUGGCUUGUGAUCAGCUGUACACUCUGAGUCAGUCGGACACGUCGGCGUACCCUGAUCUUCAGAAGCCCAACCUCUUCCUGCUGAAGGUGGUUCUGACAGCUCAGCUUCCUCUCUGGUCCCCCACCAGCAUCAUGAGGGGCGUUAACCAAAGGUUGCUUUCGCAGUGCACAGAGUAUUUUGACCUGAGAUGUCAACUCUUGGAUGACCUGACCACAUCUGAGAUGGAGCAGCUUCAGGUCAGCCCAGCGGCCAUGCUGGAGGAUGAGAUCAGCUGGCUUGAUAAUUUUGAGCCAACUUGGACCAGUGAGCUGGAAACCAGUGAGGCUGACAACAUCCUGCUGGCCGGACACCUGCGCCUCAUCAAAACCCUGCUGUCCCUCUGCGGCAGCGAGAAAGAGCAGUUCGGCCCAUCUCUGAUCCAGCAGCUGUUGGAUGACUUCCUCUUCAGAGCGUCUCGGAUCAUCCUGAACAGUGACAGCUCAUCUAGCGCUACAGCAUCAAUCCAUGACUUCCACCCAAAGUGCAGUACAGUGAGCAGUCGUCUGGCGGCUUAUGAGGUGCUGGUCAUGUUGGCUGAUAGCUCUCUCACCAACCUGCAACUCAUCACUAGUGAACUUUUGUCAAUGCACCAUCAGUCAGACCCCUCCCUCACCAAAGAGUUUGACUAUCUUCCUCCUGUAGACAGUCGCUCUGUGUCUGGGUUUGUGGGACUAAAGAAUGGAGGUGCGACCUGCUACAUGAAUGCAGUGUUCCAGCAGCUCUAUAUGCAGCCUGGUCUGCCUGAGGCUGUGUUGUCAAUUGAAGAUGACACAGAAAACCCAGAGGAGAGCGUGUUCUGUCAGGUUCAGUCUCUGUUUGGUCACCUGAUGGAGAGUAAGCUGCAGUACUAUGUGCCUGAAAACUUCUGGAAGAUCUUUAAGAUGUGGAAUAAAGAAUUAUACGUGCGAGAGCAACAAGACGCCUAUGAGUUCUUCACCAGUCUAGUGGACCAGCUCGAUGAACAUCUGAAGAAAAUUGGUCGAGAGCAGAUAUUCAGGAACACUUUCCAGGGCAUUUUCUCUGAUCAGAAGAUAUGCAAAGACUGCCCACACAGGUAUGAGCGUGAGGAGACGUUUAUGGCUUUGAACUUGGGUGUGACGUCGUGUCAGAGUUUGGAGAUUUCCCUGGACCAGUUUGUUCGAGGAGAAGUGCUGGAUGGCACCAAUGCUUAUUACUGUGAAAAGUGCAAAGAGAAGCGGACCACUGUGAAGCGGACCUGUAUAAAAUCUCUGCCCAGCGUGCUGGUCAUCCAUCUCAUGCGCUUCGGAUUCGACUGGGAAAGUGGCCGGUCCAUCAAAUACGAUGAGCAGAUCAAAUUCCCCUGGGUGCUGAACAUGGAGCCAUAUACGGUGUCAGGAAUGGCCCGUCAGGACUCCAGUGCAGAUCAUGGUGAGAACGGGAGAGGGGGCGAGGCUGGCUCUGGAGGAUCGCCUAGGAAGAAAGUCACCAUCUCUGAGAAUUACGAACUGGUGGGAGUGGUGGUGCACAGUGGACAGGCCCAUGCAGGACACUAUUACUCUUUCAUUAAAGACCGCCGGGGUAGUGCUCGAGGACGCUGGUAUAAGUUUAAUGACAAUGUUGUAGAAGAGUUUGAUAUGAACGAUGAGACUCUGGAGUAUGAGUGUUUUGGAGGAGAAUACAGACCGAAAGUCUAUGACCAGUCUAAUCCAUACCCGGACAUGCGGAGACGUUACUGGAAUGCCUAUAUGCUGUUUUACCAACGUAUCAGUGACCAGAACUCCCCCGUGGUGCCUAAAAAGAGCCGGGUCAGCAUCAUGAGGCAGGAGGCAGAGGAUCUCUCACUGUCAGCCCCCUCCUCUCCAGAGAUCUCACCCCAAUCCUCCCCACGGCCACCCAGAGCAAACAACGACCGCCUCACCCUGCUCACUCGGCUGGUCAAGAAAGGAGAGAAGAAGGGGCUAUUUGUGGAGAAGAUGCCAGCCAGGAUCUAUCAGACGGUGAGAGAUGAUAAUCUGAAGUUCAUGAAGAACAGAGACGUAUAUAACUGUGAUUACUUCAGCUUCACUCUGUCUCUGGCCUCUGUCAAUGCGACAAAGUUGAAGCAUCCAUUGUAUCAGGCCAUGGCGCAAACCAGUCUGCAGCUAGCUGUCCAAUUCCUUUUCCACACAUACCUGCGCACCAAAAAGAAACUCAGGGUGGACACAGAGGAGUGGAUCGCUACAGUGGAGGUUUUGUUGUCCAAGAGUAGCGAGGCAUGCCAGUGGAUGGUGCAGUACCUGGUGGCAUCUGAAGGACGAGAGAUAAUCAAGAUCUGUCUGUUGGAAUGCAGUGUGCGGGAGGUACGUGUUGUGGUAGCCACCAUCCUGGAGAAGACCCUGGAGAGCGCUCUGUACUUCCAGGACACUGGGCUUGACUGUCUUUUGGACAUGCUGCUGUCCCUGUUGGAUAAGGACGUACUAGAUAACUGCAAGAACUGCUCUCAGUACUUCGGCCUUUUCAGUAACUUUGCUCAGAGGGGCUAUGGGCCGUGUCAACUGCUGCUCAAACAUUCAGCCUAUCGCCGCAUGCUUGUCUUCUUGCUGGGACACAACCGGCAAAACAACCAGCACCGGCGCUGGAGUUCAGCGCAGGCUCGAGAGUUCCUGCAUCUCCAUAAUACACUGGCCCUGAUAGUGCUGCACACAGACCUCACUUCUCAGAGGACAGAGGCUCAAGGAGUGUUCAAGCAGAGUUCCUCUGGACUGGUGGCUCCAUCUUCUCCUCUUCUACCUCUACAUCCAGACAUCAACACAUUGCUCUUCAAAUGUGAUGGCCAGACAUAUCUGAUGGAGGUGAUGUUUGCCAUGCGUGAGCUGUCCGGCCCGUUGUCAUUUCUCAUUGAGAUGAUCACAUAUUGCUCAUUCUGUAAUGAGCCUUUCUCACUGGGAGUUCUGCAGUUACUCAAGAAUCACCUGGAGACGGCUCCACCUCAUGAACUGAAGAAUGUCUUGCAGUUGCUCCUAGAGAUCCUGAUGGUAGAGGACCCUCUGCAAUCCCAGAGACUUAAAUAUGCAUUUGAAUCUGAAAAGGGCCUUUUGGCUUUGAUGCAUCAGAGCAACAACGUCGACAGCAGUCGCUGCUACCAGUGUGUGAAGUUCCUGGUCACACUGGCUCAGAAGUGUUCUCCAGCUAAAGAUUAUUUCAAAGAGCUCUCAGGGCAUUGGAGCUGGGCAGUGCAGUGGCUACAGAAAAAGAUGUCUGAGCAUUACUGGACGCCUCAGAGUAAUGUAUCAAAUGAGACGUCCACAGCUAAAACCUUCCAGCGCACCAUCUCAGCACAGGACACCCUGGCCUAUGCCACAGCUUUACUGAAUGAGAAGGAGCCAUCCGGCAGCAGUAACGGCUCAGAUGGCAGCCCAGCCAAUGAGAACUCCGACAGAAGCCUCAGACAGGGAUCAGAAUCACCAAUGAUGCUAGGAGAUUCCCGGAGUGACUUAGAAGAUGUGGACCCCUAACUCUCCCUAUUGUUUUUACACAACAAAACAACAGAAAAAAAUGGUUUCUCUCCAACAGAAAGAUGUUGUGGCUUUAAACAGAC